UCUGGUUUAUACUGGUUUAUACUGGUUUAUACUGAGUGUAAUGAGACUUUUUUUAAACAAGAAAUGAGACAAACAAACCUGCUCAGAUUCAAAAGUUUUGCAGAGUGACAGCAGACUUUCCACAAAGACUCCAUUUAUGACCAAUCUUUGUGUGUUUGAAGGUCUCAAACACUCACAUUUAUUUUGAUUUAACUUUUCAAAUAACUGAAGAAUACAACAUUGAGUGAGGCAGGGCAACAUUUCAGAUUAUACACACACUCUAAUAAGCAUAUUAUUAAAAUAAGUAAACGUGUAGGAGUGUGUGGUCGGGGCUCCAUCGCUCACACUGAGUGACAUCACGGAGUUUCCCUCUUCAGGAAGCUGCUUUAAAAGAGAGGCAGAGUGAGUGUGUUUCAGACAAUCACAGCCAAGGAGCUCACAGACACACAAACACACAUCCCUCUGAUUUAAAGUAAACAUGCCCGCUGAGUGUAAAGUGAUGCUGGACUCGGACUCAGACUCAGAGAAACAGACGUCGAGCUGCAGGCUGACCACGGCUCUGCUCAUCUUCACGCUCUGCCUCGCUGCUGCUGCUGCUGCCGUCCUCCUCUUCAACAAACAGCACCAGGAACCACGAGGAGAUGAAGACAGUUUCGAUCUUCAUCACACGCUGAGGCAGAUUUCAAAUGUGAGAGCAGCCAUUCAUUUAGAAGGACACUACAACCCCAUGAGGAAGAAUUCAGUGGAGUGGAAACCUCAGGUGGACCAGUUUCACUCUCAGGGAGGAUUCGAACUAGACCACAACGAGAUCGUGAUCCCUCAGGGAGGACUCUACUUCGUCUACAGCCAGGCCUCGUUCAGGGUCAGCUGCAGCAGUGGAGAAGAUGACUUGUCCUCCCACAAUAGUCUGGUUCACCUGAGCCACACGGUGAAGCGCUCGUCCAGCACAUACGAGAGCGAUGACAAGAACAGGAAGUACGAGACCAUCCUGCACUCGAUCCGCACCGCCUGCCAGAAGACGAGCAGCAGCGACCCCGAUCAGGAGGGCAAAUGGUUCUCAGCGGUGUACAUGGGAGCGGUGUUCAACCUGAGCCAAGGGGACCGGCUGCGGACGGUGAUGGAGGAGAGGAUGCUGCAGGACCUGGAGGACGAGCCGGGGAAGACUUUCUUUGGAGUGUUUGCUCUGUGAGCACGAGACCUGGACCUGAAGAGACUCCGUCAGGACUUCAGCACGAUGAUGUCCUGAUAGUUUCUUCUGCACUAAAAUCUGAUUUAUCGACUUGAUUGUAAAGUUGUUCAUUUCAGAGCUCAGUGUUUACCAAAGAGACCCCCAUGGGUCUAUCAUGUUAUGUACUAUGUACUACCGGUUUGAAUGUACUUUAACUGCUGCGUUUAUGUGAUGUCACUACAGCUGACAGAGUUUUAUACAGGAUGUAUUUAUUCAAGAUAUAUUUAUUUAUUUGACUUAUUUAUAUAUUUAUUUAUUAAGGAAUGUGUUCCAUUUUGUAACUUAUUCAAUAAUUUAUUAAGAUUUUAAAUUGGUUUGAUGGACUGUUUGUAUUUUUAUUGACAUUUGCAGAUGAUGUUUCUGUUUUUGUGGCGCUGUGAAAAAAGGAUUUAAAUAAAAUUGAAUCAACCCUAAAAGUA